AUGGCGGCGAGAUUGGAGCGCUUCCUGAACUCUAGUUCCUUCUUCUUCCUUUGCUUGAUUUGCCUCUGCCUCAUCCUUCUCACCCCGGCCGAUGCCAUCUACCAGUGCUGGGAGACCAAACGACUCACGAACAUCUUCUUUAUCGCCGGUGCCUACGUCAUCACCUUUAUACUUGCAAUCCUCAUCUAUGCGACUCGAAUUUACACCAAUCAGACCGCCUUGGCCGGAAUACCAAAGGCGUGGAUUCCCAUUGAGAAGGAAGAUGUCAACAAGAGCGUCAGGCGCCUGGUAAUGCAGGGCCUUGCCCGCAGCGCAGUCAUCUCGUACCAAGCUCGUCCACGCGACACUUCAGAUGAAGCGGAUAGCUUUUCGAACUACACAGAUCUUCUGGUCGAUCGUGAUCACCCGCCAUGGGGUUUCGUGGAGCAUCCGGGCUGGUCAUCCCCCACGUCCCCCGAUCUACCCAACCUCCCCUAUCGAACAGUCAUCCAGGAACUUCCGAACUUGAUUGAAGCCAAGGCCGUGUCGAUAGCCCCCGCCGAUGAUUCAUUAUCAAAUGCAGCAGACCCAUUCCCGGACACCCGCGUUGUGGAAGCACUGCAGAGGCCAGCAUCGAUGGGUCUCAGGCAGUAUAUUCGGCAUCUCACAGACCUGGGUGUCAUCAAAUCCUCAGAACUCGCUGCGGAUUUUCUGGCGCUGUAUGAACGCGCGCGCUUUUCAUCGCAUCAGCUCCAUGAAGCCGAAUUUCGAGAGCUCAUGCAUCUUUUCGCCGAGAUUUUGAGAGGAAUUACAUCUCUGGCCCCACCCAUCCUCGAGGUGAUUCGCGACAGCGCAAGUUACCGUCGCGCAGAUACCGAGUCGGUCAUUGGACCCUCGGAUGAAGAGGGUGAAACGGAUACCGUGGACCACUUUGGAUACGAAGGCACAUUCACGCCGAUGCGGAGCAACAGUCUUCGCCCGUCCAACGCGUCGACCUGGGAAACCCAGUCGGGCUAUGAUACGGCUCCUGCAGUGCAGAGCCCGGCCUCUGGACUGUCGGUCGGAAGUGGCUCAUAUACGGGACCGCGAUCUGUACGUACACCGUCGAUUCGGUCAUUCCGGCGUGUGCAGUCAGGUCAAUCUGGCAGCUCUGGGGGCAGUGUGAUUCGCCUGGCGCCAACCCACAGCCCCGCAGAUUUGCCGUAUACCAUUCACUACGCAGGCCAUGGAAGCUGA